CCGAAAUUCGCUCACUCGGCUACAGGACACGAGGAGCGCUCGUUGGAUCCAGGCUUGCGAAAGCGCAUUUCUCCCUCAAAGCUAGUUGAGGUUUAACCUGCGUGUUGUUGGCUAAUCAGUUUUAGUGAGGUUAAAAACCUGCAAGACUUAGAAUGGCUGGGCUUAAGUAUCUGACCGGGUUUGGUAACGAGUUUGCCUCUGAAGAUCCCCGCUGCCCAGGUGCUUUACCUGAGGGACAGAACAACCCUCAGGUGUGUCCCUAUGGGCUGUAUGCUGAGCAGCUUUCCGGCUCCGCCUUCACCUGCCCGCGGUCAGCCAAUAAGAGAAGCUGGCUGUAUCGCAUCCUGCCCUCUGUCCGCCACAAACCCUUCACUGCAAUGGAUCAUGGGAACCUCACAGACAACUGGGAUGAGGUGGAGCCCGACCCAAACCAGCUUCGCUGGCUGCCGUUCAUCAUUCCCAAAGCCUCUGAGAAAAAGGUGGACUUUGUGACGGGACUGCACACGGUGUGUGGAGCGGGGGAUGCUAAAGCUCGCAACGGGAUCGCCAUCCACGUUUACACCUGUAACACCUCUAUGAUUGACAGGUGUUUCUACAACUCGGAUGGAGAUCUGCUCAUUGUUCCACAGCAGGGUGAAAUCCUGGUCACCACAGAGUUUGGGAAGAUGAUGGUGGAACCCAAUGAGAUCUGUGUAAUUCAGCAAGGGAUGCGUUUCAGCGUGGACGUUUUUGGGGAGACGAGAGGCUACGUCCUGGAGGUGUAUGGUGCCCACUUUGAGCUGCCAGACCUGGGCCCCAUUGGUGCCAAUGGUCUGGCCAAUCCCAGGGACUUUCUGGUGCCGGUGGCAUGGUAUGAGGAUCGCACAGUGCCCAGCGGCUACACCGUCAUCAACAAGUACCAGGGAAAGCUCUUCGCCGCCCACCAGGACUUCUCUCCCUUCAAUGUGGUGGCCUGGCAUGGCAACUACACUCCCUACAAGUACAACCUGGAAAACUUCAUGGUCAUCAACUGUGUGGCAUUCGACCAUGCGGAUCCCUCUAUUUUCACCGUGCUGACAGCCAAAUCCACGCGCCCCGGUGUCGCCAUCGCGGACUUCGUCAUCUUCCCCCCGCGCUGGGGCGUGGCCGACCAUACCUUCAGGCCUCCCUACUACCACAGGAACUGCAUGAGUGAGUUCAUGGGCCUGAUCAAAGGGCAUUACGAGGCGAAGGAGGAGGGCUUCCAGCCGGGAGGGGCCAGUCUGCACAGCAUGAUGACCCCGCACGGGCCGGAUGCAGACUGCUUCGAGAAGAACAGCAGCGCCGUCCUGAAGCCGGAGAGGGUAGCUGAGGGAACCAUGGCGUUCAUGUUUGAGUCGUCCCUCAGCAUGGCUGUCACCAGGUGGGGGCUGGACACCUGCCAGCGCCUGGACAAGAGCUACUACAAGUGCUGGGAGCCGCUGAAGAGUCACUUCAACCCCAACUGGAGGCCUGGCAGCCAGUAGAGCAAUGAAGACACAGGUUCCAGCCCCGCAGACCAGCACAGAACCUCAGCUGACCACACACAGCCAGGGAAGGGCCUAUCAGCCAAUCAGUUCACAGAUCUAAUCUUUGUCAUGGUGCUGCAGCACUGACAUGCGUAAAACAGCAAAGCAAUAGGCAUACAUACAAAUACAGACACACAAACAUGUUGUAAUCACCUCUCUAAGUAACCCAACACAGCACAUUCACUAUGCUCAUCAAUAAUAUGCUAUUAAUGUGUGAUGGGAAACAGUUUUAAAGUCCUGGCAGGAUGGACUAUCACAAUCCAUACUCAUACACAUGCACACAACACACACACACG